GUUGCCAUUGUGACAGAUUUCCAUUGAUCUGGUCUUUCAGUGACUCAGAAAAACAAGAAAACUUUGUUUGAAAUCGAGUGGAAAUUAAUAGAUAAUCAAAUAUUUUAAAAUGGAUCUAGCACGGCUACCUAACGACAAGAAACUCCAACUUUGUAAAUGGUACUUCAAAGUGGGAUGUCUCCUGUUACCGUUUGUGUGGGCAGUGAACGCGAUCUGGUUCUUCAAAGAAGCUUUCAUAAAGCCUCCCUACGAUGAACAGAAACAAAUUAAGAAAUAUGUACUAAUGAGUGCAGCGGGCGCAAUAGCCUGGAUAGCUGUCUUUGCCGUCUGGAUCACAAUAUUCCAACUGCAGAGGGUAUCCUGGGGCUCCACGGGAGACGCUCUUUCGUUCAUCGUGCCGCUCGGACGAGCUUAGAUUUAGUUAGAGGCUGAUAUGACAAUAAUAUGUUAAGGGUUUGGUUGUACAACUACUAAAUAUGAUUAAAGAUAAGGAUAAAAAGUCAUUUUUUCAAAGUAGGCUGAAAAUCAGCACUUUUGAAGGUCAAAUUUUGCAAAAGGUUACACGAGGCUUGUCGCGUGGUCUGUGCAUGGAUGACUUUCUCGUCAUGAAGUUAGAGUUCAUCCGUGUUUCAGAAGGCACGAUAAAGUGGUGGAUCCCCGCUGUCAUUUGAACAUCUUUGGCAAUUGCUACAAGUAGUCAGAAGCCAGAAAGUCUGACAACCAAGGUAUCAGGUUAUCCAAUGAUUACUGGGUUGAGAAGGUUAGAUAGGCAGUCAAUGCUGAUGUAUUUAGUAAGUUGUGCAAUUAGACCUAUGAUUUAAUUAAGUUUUAUCAUAAUUACCUGACUGGGAAUCAAACCUAGAUCUCAACGGUUACAUUCGAAGCUUGAACUUGUUGAAAUAAUUAUUUAUAUAGCUGUAUAUGUAGAUAAUAUUCAUCACACUAAAAAAUGCUGUUAGAAUUGAAAGAGAUGGUACUAAAUGUCUAUUGAAAGAUAGAAAGUAUACUAAUUUUAUAAAGCUAAAUAGUUUGUUUAUAUUAUAAAGCCCAUUUAUUUAGGAAGGCUAUUGACUACUCAUUAUCCAGGUGCGCUGAGUAGCACCAACUGAACAUUCCUUUUUUUUAAAUUCAAAUUAGAUUAAACACUACCAAACAAAAACUCAGGUUUAUAAUAUUAGUAUAGAUUUAAAUAUAUGACAGACAUUUAGUUCUAUCUAGCUCUCAUACUUAGGACCAUAUAUCAGGCUUUUGACAAUAUAAAACUUCUUAGGCAAAAUAUAAUAAUAAUACUUAGCCCUUUCAUAUCGCAAACUAAUCGUAAGUAAUUUAAGUUGUUAUUAAUGAAAUAAAACAAGUUAAUAAUAAAUUUUUAAUUGUUUAUUUUUAUAAAACACAUUUGUACAAUAUAUACAGUUACUAUUUUUAUUAUAAAUGCUCAUUUAGACCCAAAACCGACAAUAUAAAGGUCAGUUUUCUUAAAAUAACAGGGGCCCAUUCUGCUAAGUUAAUAAUGUCAAAAUUGAAUAGAAAUUGAAUCGCAAUAGCAGUUUUAACCUUAGCGGGCAUUCUGCUACUAAUAUAAAGGCCCCAGUACACGUUGGCCUGUGUUGGGCCAAGCAGUGCAAUGCACAAAUGUAGGCCACGAUCAAAUGGUGUUUACACAUUGGCGCAUGGCUCAUUGCUGCCUGGCAAACCACUUGCGAUGGACGUCGAGGUAGUUACGGCUGCGGCUGUUUAUUUGUACAAUACCAUAUAUAUUUUUAUUAUACUACACUACUAUAUAUAUUUAUAUACUACUAUAAUACUACUAUAUUUAUUUUUACACGCAACUCAAAAGUGUACUAUCCUCAGCGGUCAGUGACGAACUAAACAUUGGCCGAAUGUGUAAACACCACACGCCAAGCUGGGCCAAGUUUCCUUUGAUGUGUGCCCAAAAAACCGACAACUCGCCGAAUGCGCGCCAACCUUGACAAAUGUCCGCCAACCUGCACCAAUACCCCGUGUACACAUUGGUGAUGGCGUGUAUUGGCCGCACUUGGGCCAACGUGUACUGGGGCCUUAAGACCAAUCGUAUUCCAAUGACAUUUGAUUGGUCUGCCAUUUAGUCUAUACGGUAGCUUGCUCUACAAUCAUAUUGCAAUCGUAAAUAAUUAUCAGACAAUACGAUUCAUUAUUGAAUCCC